UUUCAUUUCGCGUACCAGUGAUUGUGAUAGUCUUAUCAUUCUCGUGCGAUCCGUCUGGUGCUCGUCGUGCUCGUCGCUUCUAACCGGGAUUAUUUUAAAAUCGUAAUAAUAUUAUUAUUACCACACGUUAAUAUCCGUUAGUUUAACAUUUUAUUCGCUGCACCCGACUGUCGAUGAUAGAAAUGAAACGACGAAUACGAUACGACCGAUUAAUUAAUUUCACCACACUGUGAAUCGGACGUGAACGUCGGACAUGAAGGAGCAAAACCGUCAUAGCACCGAGGACGUGCAUUCGACGGAUGAACCACUUUUCGAUCCGUGUCCGUCGUUUUUGGGUUUUUGCGUUGUACGUACAUUCAGGGGACACGUGAAAGAAUGGUUGACAAAUUGACCGAAAUAGUCAAUUUUGGAAUGGCGAUCGACGUGGUGCGGACGCUGCGGCAAAAAAUCAUCGCUGUGUGCCGGAAGCUGGGCAUCGGCGUUUGCUUGCGCACCGUCAUUUUGAUAUUUUGUCUCACGUUCUUCUGGGUACAAAUGCACAUGUCUGACGUGGCCGACAACGAGACGAUACAGAUACUGGCCAAGCCAGACGGACUGCUGGAUGCUAAUGAUUCCAUGUUGCAACUGGUUCCACAGCAUUUGCACAAGUACUUGGUCGCGUUACCCCAGCGUGACCGUCCGCACCAGGCCAUACUGCCCGGAAACGCCAGCGAACACAUUUCGACGACGGCCAGUCUGAACGCAUCCGAAAUACGACGUCUGAUCGAUCAGCAAAACUCCAAACAGGUCGUCCUCAACGAAGACGUAUACGGCCCGUUACAAAACGAUUCUCUAGUCAUUGUCAUUCAAGUCCACACUCGUAUUAUGUAUCUUCGGCACACCAUAGUGAGUCUGGCAAGGGCGAGAGGCAUCGAAAACGCGUUACUAAUAUUCAGUCACGACCAUUAUGACGAACAAAUAAACGAACUGAUACAGAUGAUCGACUUUUGCAAAACCAUGCAGAUAUUCUAUCCGUAUUCCAUACAAACGCAUCCGGGUACGUUUCCUGGUGAAUCUCCGGAAGACUGCCCCAGGGACAUUACCAAAGCCGAAGCAAUUAAACGGAAGUGUAUCAACGCCAUGCAUCCGGAUCAAUACGGUCAUUAUCGAGAAGCAAAAUUCACCCAAACCAAACAUCAUUGGUGGUGGAAAGCAAACAGGGUGUUCAACGAGUUGGACGUCGUCGGUAAUUACUCGGGCCCGAUUUUAUUUUUGGAAGACGACCAUUAUGUAGCAGAAGAUUUCAUAUACAUGCUUAAGUUGAUGGAAAAAUCGUGUAGUGUAGCGUGCCCACAAUGCAGUAUGUUGUCGUUAGGAACAUACUUGAAAACGUAUAAUUUUUACGGAGAAGCAAAGAAGGAUAUUUUAAGGGUAAUACGUCGACAGCAAAUAUUUGCUGCAGAAUUAACACCGCCGUCUUGGAGUUUUAAAAUAGUUCCUUCAUUUUCACAUUAUGAUAAGGCUGAAAUUUCUCAAUGGAUUAGCAGCAAGCAUAAUAUGGGUAUGGCGUAUAACCGGACUGUUUGGAAACAGUUUGUCGAUUGUGCUGACACAUUCUGCAAGUAUGAUGAUUACAACUGGGACUGGAGUCUUCAGGGUGUAUCCAAUAAUUGUCUUAGCCAUGAAUUUAAAGUGUUUGUCCUCAAGGCUCCUAGAGUAUUUCAUAUUGGUGAAUGUGGUGUUCAUCAUAAAAAAAGUUGUUUCGAUAUGGCACUCAUAGCUAAAGUUCAAAAGCUGCUUAGUUCUGUGUAUAAAUAUUUAUUUCCAGAAAAAUUAGAAGUGACAUAUGCACCAAUCAAAAAAAAAGUACUGCGCAAAGGAAAUGGUGGAUGGGGUGAUGUGCGUGAUCAUGAAUUAUGUUUGCGAAUGGUAAACCGCCAAUUUUGACAUUUGGCAAUUAGUAUUUAAUAUUUAUUAUAUUAAAGAAAUAGAUCAAGUUCCUAUAUAUCAUGGGAGGAUAGACCUCCUAGACGCGUAGACAUAAUACUCAAUAUUGUAAUAAGUAUUGCUAUGUCUAUGCUUGAACCAAGUCUUAUUUAUUUUAUUUUAUUGUUUUUUUUUUAUUAUUAUUACCUAUUUAUUUUUAUUUAUUCCUUAUUAUUUUUAUAUUGGGUGAAGUUUGAUUUUUAUGUAAUGUGUUGCCAUAAUUGCGCUCAAGAAUUUUUAUUUUUAUGUAGUACGGCAACUAUUAUAAGUUAUGUUUAAGGCUGGAUAACUAAUACAUUAUUUAUAUAUUAAUGUAUUUAUGACAUUUUUAAAUGUCACUGUUGGUUUGACUAUUUGGCGUGAAUUUAUAUACCCCAGUGAUUUUUGAAACAUACUGUCGACAUAACUGAUAAGUUUUAUAUUGACACAAAAAUAAAUAACUUUUAUCCAAUUGAACAUACCAAUUUUUGUAUGGUUUUCAGAGUUGUUCAUCAAUUUGAAUGUGCUAUAAAACUGUAUUUUGUGAUACAAGUUAACACUUAUGUAUUUUUAAUUUGUGUUUCAUUAUUUAGCUUCAGCAUUCCACUUCAUUAAACAUAUUGUUAAAACAUAAUACAAUGCAAAUUGAAAUGAAAAUGUACAACUCUGAGAUUAACUUUCUAGUCAUUUAAAGUCAAUAUUUAACUUUUAGUUACAUUCAUUUCCCAACUAUCAAUAGUCAUUAGGUUAAGUUUCAAAUGUGAUUGUAAUCCGCAAGAAUUGCAUGAAAAUAAAUUUAUGAAUUUGUUAUA